UUGACUUUUAAAAUUUCCUAUAUAAGUGUUCUAAUUAAUUAUGAGCUUCUGCGUAGAUUUAGUCUCUGAAGAUUCAUUUUACGAGAAUAUUACGUUGGGGGUAACAAAACUCCUAGAAUCAGAUCCUCGAAUUUCCAAUGUAGAAGUGGAGCGCCGACAGCCGUGUGAUCGAAUAGCUCUUUCUAAUUGGGAACAAAAACAUUCAACAGUACUACCUGAAGACUUACGAAAUUUUUAUGCAUCUACAGAUGGAUUUCUGUUAACAUGGCAUUACAAAUACUCAGCCGAUGAAAUUUUACCGGUGGGGUCUAUAAGGGUUAAUACUUUGAACGACUUGUGUUUGACUCCUGUCCUUAAAGAUUUGCUUGAUUUUGCGGCUACUCGUCAAAAUGAGGGCCCUAAACCGGCCCUCAAUCCAAAAAGUAAAGUUUUUGAACUGGACAAUUGUAGAAAUAUUGGAAAGGUGUGUCUAAUUUACACCGACGGGUCAUGGUCGGUGUGGCUGGUGACCCGCGAGGGUGGUUGGGGUUGGCUCGCAGACUCGUUCACCCAAUACUUCAGAAUGGCGCUCGUGCACCUGGGACUGCCUGGAUGGCAGGCGACUUUUGCUGACCUGCCACUUAUACCUUGGGCUGAGCAACUUUUCUUACUACUGGCACCUCAUCUUUUGGACAAAUCCGAUUCGGAUAAUAACGCGAUGGCAGUAACAAGAGAAACCAGUCUCAAUCAUAUCGAUCCCAACAUCUUUAAGACUUCCGUUCGUCAGCACAAGAAUGCAAGACAAGCAAACCAAUGAAAACGUCUCAUUUGGAAUAAAAAUCAGUGUGUUUAUUCAAAUUA